CUGCAAAAAGGUUGAGAUAUGUAAUCCCUACCCACCAGGGAAGAUGAACAGAACAUUGUUAGGCAAAAUGAUCGUCACCAGAUUCCCUCUUGUGUUUUUGGGGUGCUCUGUGAUCCUUCUCAACUGGGGAUCCACAACAGUGGUUUGUCUGGUUAACAACAAGGUAACAGUGCAACCAGUCACAGUGGCAGGUUCUCUUCCAACAGAAAAAAUGACUACCGAUGUAACUGGGAACACUUCACUGCCAUUUGCUUGUGCAAAUAAUUCCCACUGUAUGGCAUACUGCAACAUCUGUGCUGAAGUUUUUGGUGGACCAACAAUGGAUUGCCUCCUUGGAAUGCUAAGUUAUUUCUGUCUGAAUCGUUUUGAGAACGCAAUGAGUUCAAUGAACAGCACAGACUGGUGCAUUUGGGGUAAUGUGAACAGUUUGUAUAGCAACUUAAGCUUUUGCACAGAGGAGAUAUCUGACUGUCUCGUGAUCCCAUGGCCCAACUGGCUGGUGGAACAGACUUUUGUGGACAUUCAUUACAAGUUUUUUAAGGAAUGUCCCACAGAGGAGUUUAGUGACCCUCCGCCAGCCAUCGUUUUUGCCCUGGUGAUAACUCCCAUCUGCCUGAUACCAGUCAUGGUUGGCUUGGUGGUUCUCAAGACCAAAAAUGGGGAUGGCAGCUCCUGAUUAUUCAGAAUUUCAUCUCUACUCAUGGUCACUAAGGUUGGCCUCUGCUAUCUGUUCUUUCCCAACUUGUAGACUGUUUGUCGAUACAUACAGUGCUGCUGCAGCUUCAUUUCACCGGGGACCUUGAAGACCGAAUUUAUGGACAAUUUAAGGGUGAUGAUGAAUUGAUCAGCCACAGAAGAACCCUAGUGAGAGACAACAUGAAAUUAGAGUUGAUGCUCUGCAUAAUCACAACAAUUAUAGUCUAUUGACAGACUUAAUUUCUGGUCAUCAAGACUCACUGGGGUAAAAUCUACACAAUACUGUAUUUCAUUUACUGUAUAUACACUUCAUGGGAAAGAAUGUGAUAAAAGUUUUGUUUUCAAGCACCAGACUGAAAAUCUGAACUAGUUUGCACACAAUUUUUUUUAGAAAAUAGAGCUUCAUUUAUACUGGGAAACAUGUAAUCAGGGUUAUUUGUGAUGACAAAAGCUUGGAAGCUUGCAAAUAAAAGACACCGGUUGUGCUUAUAAAUGACAAAGUAACUUUAACAUGACUGCUUAACUUUUCUAAUGCAACUUUUUUGUCAUCCUGCUGCUCAAACGUAACUUUGCUUUGAGAUUGAAAUUAGAAAAUGAUUGUCUGGAGAUGAUGUGUGCAAAGUCAAGUGUCUUAAGUCUGAAUCGGAUAAAAUUGUCCAAGUUUAAGCUAUGACAUCCUUGAUUUAUGUUUGAUCUCUGCUUGUGGGAAGGACAGGAAAAGGAGUAUAAUCAAAUGCAUGGAUCUGGUUAUGUGAGUCAUAGUGUAGGGGAGGCAUGGGGUCGGAGGUUACAGAUGGGAUACAAUGAUUGGGUGUGACCUGAGAAGUAGAUUUCCUGGUGUGUGUGUUUUUAAACAGCAUGAUGUCUUUCAGCUCUCUCUCCUGUCUAAAUAGCAUUAAUCCUCACAGUCAUGAUGAAGAGCUAAGUGAUUCAUCUCCAUCCAGAUAAAAGACAUUUUGUCUGUGCAGAAUAGUGAUAAACACUGAAUGAUGACAAAAAGACAAAAACAUAUCUUUUGCUUAUAUCAAGAAAGUGUGCUUAUGUAUUGUGUUCAAAAUGACGGUAAAGCUUUUCUAAGUGCUUUCAGAUUGAGAUUAAAAUGUGUAUUUAUAUACUUUGUAGUCAUUGUUAUUGUCAGGACUAUUUGACUUACUGUACAGUUUGAGAGAAUACAUCUUAUCUCCUCUCACAUGAUGUACUGUAUACAUUUAUUAUUAUUUUUUUUAUUUUCAAACCAUUAAAGCUCGAUAUGGAC